AUGACAACGUACACCCCGCUGAGGCCCACCCCGCGGCCCCCGCCCGGCCCCCCGCCCCGCGCGGUGGUCACUCGUGUGCGUCUCGUGUCUUUGCAGUUGCUGCCGAAGAGGUUGGACUGGGAGGGCAACGAGCACAACAGGAGCUACGAGGAAUUGGUCUUGUCCAAUAAGCACGUGGCUCCUGAUCAUCUGUUGCAAAUCUGCCAGCGCAUUGGCCCCAUGUUGGAUAAAGAAAUUCCACCCAGUAUUUCAAGAGUCACUUCUUUACUUGGUGCAGGAAGGCAGUCUUUGCUACGUACAGCAAAAGACUGCAGGCACACAGUUUGGAAGGGCUCUGCCUUUGCUGCUCUUCACAGAGGAAGACCUCCUGAAAUGCCGGUGAAUUAUGGUUCCCCACCGAAUCUUGUGGAGAUACAUCGAGGAAAACAGCUCACAGGGUGUUCCACUUUUAGCACAGCCUUCCCAGGAACUCUGUAUCAGCAUAUAAAAAUGCACAGGAGGAUUCUCGGACAUCUCUCCGCGGUGUACUGUGUAGCGUUUGAUAGGACAGGACAUAGAAUCUUCACCGGUUCAGAUGAUUGUUUGGUGAAGAUUUGGUCAACACACAAUGGCCGCCUACUAUCCACAUUACGAGGUCAUUCUGCAGAAAUCUCAGAUAUGGCGGUCAACUACGAGAAUACGAUGAUCGCGGCAGGGAGCUGUGACAAGAUUAUCCGAGUGUGGUGCCUGAGGACUUGUGCCCCGGUGGCUGUGCUCCAGGGACACACGGGCUCAAUCACAUCUCUGCAGUUUAGCCCAAUGGCCAAAGGCUCCCAAAGAUACAUGGUCUCUACUGGUGCUGAUGGGACCGUUUGUUUCUGGCAGUGGGAUUUAGAGUCCCUGAAGUUCAGUCCACGUCCCCUGAAGUUCACGGAAAAGCCUAGACCAGGCGUUCAGAUGCUUUGCUCUUCUUUUAGUGUUGGUGGUAUGUUUUUAGCCACAGGAAGUACUGACCACGUAAUCAGAAUGUAUUUUUUGGGUUUUGAAGCACCUGAGAAAAUUGCGGAACUUGAAAGCCACACAGAUAAAGUUGAUAGUAUCCAAUUUUGUAACAAUGGUGACCGGUUCUUAAGUGGUAGCAGAGACGGAACAGCACGGAUUUGGAGAUUCGAGCAGUUGGAAUGGAGAAGCAUUUUAUUGGAUAUGGCGACCAGAGUCUCAGGGGACUUAUCUUUGGAAGAGGAGAGGUUUAUGAAACCCAAAGUAACAAUGAUAGCUUGGAAUCAGAAUGAUAGCAUUGUUGUCACAGCUGUGAAUGACCAUGUCCUCAAAGUGUGGAAUUCUUACACUGGACAGCUGCUUCAUAACUUACUGGGACAUGCUGAUGAAGUAUUUGUCUUGGAGACACAUCCCUUUGAUUCCAGAAUUAUGCUGUCUGCAGGGCAUGAUGGCAGCAUAUUUAUAUGGGACAUCACAAAAGGCACCAAGAUGAAGCACUAUUUUAACAUGAUCGAAGGACAAGGACACGGAGCUGUCUUUGACUGUAAGUUUUCUCAGGACGGACAGCAUUUUGCCUGUACAGAUUCUCACGGACACCUUCUGAUAUUUGGGUUUGGAUGCAGCAAGCCUUAUGAAAAGAUUCCUGAUCAGAUGUUCUUCCAUACUGACUAUCGACCACUGAUUAGAGAUUCUAAUAAUUAUGUCUUAGAUGAGCAAACUCAGCAGGCGCCUCACCUCAUGCCUCCACCAUUCUUGGUAGAUGUAGACGGAAAUCCUCAUCCAACUAAGUAUCAGAGAUUAGUACCAGGCCGAGAAAAUUCCGCAGACGAACAUUUGGUUCCACAGCUGGGCUAUGUAGCAACCAGUGAUGGAGAGGUGAUUGAACAAAUUAUAAGCCUCCAAACCAACGACAAUGGCGAGCGCAGCCCGGAGUCCAGCGUCCUGGAUGGGAUGAUACGACAGUUGCAGCAGCAGCAGGACCAGAGGCUGGGGGCAGAUCCCGACGCCGCUCCGGGCGGGCUUCCCGGCGGGGAGGAGACGCCCCGGAGAGGUUUCAGGAGACUGAGUUUAGACAUCCAGUCCCCUCCAAACAUUGGGCUGCGUCGGAGUGGACAAGUGGAAGGCGUUCGUCAGAUGCAUCAGAACGCCCCCCGCAGCCAGAUUGCUACCGAGCGUGACCUGCAGGCCUGGAAACGAAGAGUGGUUGUGCCAGAGGUACCACUAGGCAUAUUUAGAAAGCUGGAAGACUUCAGAAUAGAGAAAGGUGAAGAAGAAAGAAAUCUUUACAUAAUAGGAAGAAAGAGGAAGACUCUUCAGCUCACACAGAAGGGUGACUCGCUGACGCUGCUGUCCUCGUCCAGGCAGAGGGCGUGCAGGCGCAGGUGCCUGAAUUACAGCCGGAGGAACCUUGGACGGCUUGACCUGUCUUCCGGAAACGAAUCUUCGAGCUCUGUAAGACAUGAGACUUCCUGUGAUCAGAGUGAAGGUUCUUGCUCUUCCGAAGAAGAGGAGUGGAGGAGUGACCGGAGGAGUCAGAGUGACAGCGAAAGUUCAAGCGACUCGUCAUCCAGGUACUCCGAUUGGACAGCCGACGCGGGCAUCAAUUUGCAGCCUCCUUUACGAACAUCCUCACGUCGACGAGUUACCCGCUUUUGCAGUAGUUCAGAGGAUGAAAUGUCUACUGAAAAUUUAUCUCCUCCAAAAAGGAGACGAAAGAGAAAGAAAGAAAAUAAGCCUAAAAAAGAGAGCGUGCGGAGGAUGACUCCGGGGGAGCUUGCAGAUACGGAGCAUUUGUAUGAGUUUCACCCUCCCGUGUGGAUAACCGACACCACACUCCGGAAGUCUCCUUUUGUUCCUCAAAUGGGUGAUGAGGUAAUCUAUUUUCGACAGGGUCAUGAAGCGUAUAUCGAGGCUGUCAGAAGAAAUAACAUUUACGAACUGAACCCUAACAAAGAGCCGUGGAGAAAAAUGGAUCUUAGGGAUCAAGAGUUGGUCAAAAUAGUUGGAAUACGAUACGAGGUUGGGCCCCCUACACUCUGUUGCCUCAAACUAGCAUUUAUAGAUCCUGCAACUGGAAAACUUUUGGACAAAUCUUUCUCCAUUCGAUACCAUGAUAUGCCGGACGUCAUCGACUUUCUCGUGUUGCGUCAGUUUUAUGAUGAAGCAAGACAGAGGAAUUGGCAGUCUUGUGACAGGUUCCGUUCCAUCAUCGACGACGCCUGGUGGUUUGGGACCGUGCUGAGCCAGGAGCCUUACCAGCCGCAGUACCCCGACAGUCAUUUCCAGUGCUACGUCGUCAGGUGGGACAAUACUGAAAUUGAAAAACUGAGCCCCUGGGACAUGGAACCAAUUCCUGAUAAUGUUGAUCCACCCGAAGAAUUAGGAGCUAGUAUUUCCGUCACUUCUGAUGAACUAGAGAAAUUACUCUACAAACCGCAAGAUGGUGAAUGGGGCCAGAAACCGAGGGAUGAAGAGUGUGAACGAAUUAUUAGUGGUAUAGAUCAACUUUUGAAUCUUGACAUAGCCGCGGCCUUUGCGGGCCCAGUCGACCUGUGCACGUACCCGAAGUACUGCACCGUCGUGGCUUAUCCCACCGACCUCUACACAAUUCGAAUGAGGCUCGUGAACCGGUUCUACAGGAGGCUGUCUGCUUUAGUUUGGGAAGUCAGGUACAUAGAGCACAACGCCAGGACGUUUAAUGAGCCUGAGAGUGUGAUCGCAAGAUCAGCUAAGAAGAUAACUGACCGCCUCUUAAAAUUUAUCAAGAAUCAAGACUGUACAAGUAUCUCAGAACUUUCUAAUGCUUCUGAAGAUGAUGAGCAAAAUGCUGACGAUUUGGACGAUAGUGAUCUUCCUAAAACAUCUUCUGGAAGAAGGAGAGUCUGUGAUUGGAAAAAAAACAGCAAGAAAGCGACCAGCUAUGUUGAAAAUAACUGGAAGAAACAGUGUAAGGAACUAGUGAACUUAAUUUUUCAGUGUGAAGAUUCUGAACCAUUUAGACAACCUGUUGAUUUGGUUGAAUAUCCAGACUACCGAGAUAUUAUAGAUACUCCGAUGGAUUUUGGAACAGUAAGGGAAACUUUGGAAGCAGGAAAUUAUGACAGCCCUUUGGAAUUUUGCAAAGACAUCCGGCUGAUAUUUAGCAAUGCAAAAGCAUAUACACCAAACAAAAGAUCAAAGAUUUACAGUAUGACCUUGAGAUUGUCUGCCUUAUUUGAAGAAAAAAUGAAGAAAAUCUCCUCUGAUUUUAAAAUUGGUCAAAAAUUCAAUGAAAAACUUCGAAGAAGCCAGAGGUUCAAGAGACGGCAAAAUUGUAACCGUGUCAGUCAGGCUAACAAAAGUAUCAGAAAUCUCAAGCAGAAGCGGCUAAAAUCUCAGACAAAAGGGACUCCUGAGUUGCGGGGUUCCCCUACCCGGUCACCCACCAGCAGGGCCGCCUGUGCCGCAGGCCACAAGACCAGCGCUGGUGUCUCUUCCGGCAUCACUUCUGGGGACUCCUCAGAUUCGGCAGGAUCGUCAGAAAGGAGGAGGAGACUUCGGCCUGUCACUCUGAAGAAUGCCUCAGUGUUAUCUGAGAGUGAAAUGGAAGAUUCCUUAGGUAGCUCUUCAUCUUCAGCUUCGAAUAGUUCAGAGGAAAGCAAAGGGAGUUCAGGACCUCGCGAACCUUCCUUACGCAGCGGGCUGGCCAGAAGCAGUAAUCUCAGAGUGACCAGAACAAGGGCCGCUCAGAGAAAAACUGGUCCAGUUUCCUUAGAAAACGGGUGUGGCAGAAAAGCCACUCGCAAGAGAGUCUAUUUAAGUGACUCUGAUAAUAAUUUAGUGGAGGCUGGCGAGAGUCUAAAAGCCAGAGCAGGAAAUAGCCGCAAAGUGCUUCGAAAGUGUGCGGCUGUGGCUGCCAACAAGAUAAAGCUGAUGAGCGACGUGGAGGAGAACUCGAGCUCGGAAAGCGUCUGUUCCGGCCGCAAGCUGCCUCACCGUAAUGCUUCUGCCGUGGCCAGAAAAAAGUUAUUACACAAUUCUGAAGAUGAUCGGAGCUUAAAGUCAGAAAUUGAAGAAGAGGAGCUAAACCAUCGCAGUCGACCGCCACCGCCAUCGGGUUCUCAUGCUGCCCAGGGGACUGGGAGCGACGACUCCGAGAACGGGGACUCUGAGUCAGAAAGCGAUCUGCGAGUGGCCUGGAAAAGCUGGCAGGCCAAUGGUCAUAAGUCACAUACUCCAGCAGCUGCUAAAACAAAAUUUCCUCAGAUCGAGUCUUCUGAGGAAGACUCUAAAAGUCAUGAUUCAGAUAACGCACAGAACAGGACUGCUGGGCCGUCAACCUCUGGGCAGAAGCGUAAGGCGAAAAGCAUCUCCGAGGAAGAGGAGGAAGUGGAUUCUGAGCCAAGAAAGUUUGUUGGUAGGAAAUACAAUACAGGUCGCAGGAAUCUUACUUUCCUUAAAAAAGCGAAGAUCUUCAGUGAUUCUGAGGACUCCGAAUCUGAAGAGCAAGAUGGAGGCGAUGGCCGCUGUCACGAAGUGGAUAUGACCCCGAUCAGAGGGGGUGGGACGUGUGAACCAAUUGCUGGGCCCCAGUGUUUCUCAGACCACAUAUCUGAGACCGAUUUGGAUUCAGAUGAUGACAAAACAAAGGAAAAACCCAACAGUUUUGCGAGAGCCAAGGGGAAGGCGAGAGCCGCCGGCAAAGGCACAGGCUGCGCGGCCGCCGCGGCCCGAAGCGCGCGGCGCCAGAGGCCGAGCCAGCGGCCUCGGCUGAGCGGGGACGACAACGACUGGGAGGGCGGGGACUGCGCGAGGGCCGAGCGGGGGCUGCGGCGCUCCAAGAUCAGGACGCGGAACCAGGGCCGGAGGACCGUGCGCUACCACGACGGGGAUGACGACCGAAGCCUCGAAAACGGGAUCGAGUUCGGUGAUGGCGCCUUAUGACCUCGAGAGAACCAGUUCAUUCAGAGAGGAAGUGGACUGGGGUUUAUGGCGAAAGCUGGCUGUUGAAAUUAUUUUUUGUCCUACAAUUCAGGGAAUAUAUUUAUAUUUUUCUAUGAAAAGUUACGAAUGUGACUAAAUCAUGACUGUUAUUUUUAUUUGCACUUGCUUGCCUUUGUAGCAGCGUUCAGCACAGGUGCCAAAAUAUGCUUCAUUUUGGGGGCAGAUCUACUUUGACAGUAUUGAACUACAGAGAGCAAGGCUUUGAAAUACGUUCAACACUAGACAACCUGGUUGUCCGAACCAGUGAGCAUUACUUUCCCGGUGGCAAGUGUCAUGCAGUCAUUUGCUGAGUGCGUCCAGAGGUGGUAGUUUCUAACCCCUGUCCUGUUGUCUAGAACGGUCUCACCCGCGGCCUAGGUUUACAGAUGCUUCCUGAGUAUCACGUGCAUGCCGACAGCGCGGUCCGGGGGCGUGAGCGUGAUUGGUGGGCCAGGCGCCUGCGCUCCCCUCCCCGCUUUUCUUUUUCCUUCUUUUCUUUCCCUGGCUACCUGAGCAGAAUGCAUUAUACCAGAUUUGGUCAUUUUCAUUGAAAUGGUUUCUUUCCAAAUGCCGUUGGGUCUUUCUCUUUCUCUUUAUUUUUAAGGAAAAUCUCAUCAUUUUUAUUUUAUAAACUUGAAUUUAUAAAGUGCUGGUAAAUUAUUUUUUAAAAUGUUUCAAUUGUAUAUUUUAAACCUUGAAGGCCCCAAGCAUAGGGUCCUAGCUUUUUCUUUUAAAUUGUGCACUAACAGAAUGCUAUAUAAUUUGUCUUUCCAAGAUCUCCUGGUUUCUAUGUAAGGGAUUUAACCAAAAUCUUGGUCUUCCAUAGUCUUACUCUGUGAAAUAGAGGAGUUUGUGUGCCUUAGAUUUAGGAAAAGUGUGUUCUUUAAUAGAGUGUACAGGGCCAAGAGAGUAUUUAAAUUAUAUGUAGAUUUGCACCCCCCCCCCCAUUUCCACUGAGAUUGUAGAGUUGAGUUUUGUUAAGAGUGCAAUCACAGAUCUCAUCUAUAUAGGAUAGUUCGGUGUCAUUCUCCAUGUCUCUGUUAUAGCUUACUGCUGCCAUGUGCAAUCCCAAGCAUUCUUUGCAGGGGCAACUCUGUGUAUCUUUGUUAGUGACCUCUAGUUUAAAUCUAAGAAGCUGUCUUGUGUUGUGGGAAAAGAAUUUUGGAAUCCAUUCAAAGUGAAACUUCUGUCACAUCAUCCAAUACCAUAGUACACUUAUUUUCGAGCCAAAUAUUUUUGCUUGAUAGGUUGUGCUACUCCAUGGAGUGUAGGUGGCCAUUCCUAACUUGUUUGUGCCUGAAGACGGACUUGACUCCGAUGGUUUACAUAUUCAUAGCUGAGGGGUAUGUGACAGGCCCCCCGCCUCUGUUAUUUAUCGGCCCCGAGCUUGGUGUCAGCAAGAUUUACCCUCUCCUCCCGCGUGCGCUUAAGGUGGCAGACCCGGAAGAGCAUCCGACUCUGGUGUCAGUGUUAGAGAGUGUCCUUAAGUGUUGUCACUUUUUAGUUGUCUAUUCCAUUUGACACGGUAGAAGGUACUCUUCUGUUCUGACGUGAGGGGAAGCGUUGUUUUUGGACAUUACCGACCGGGACGGGUGGCACACCGGUCUCUUCUCUGGUUGCGGAGAAGGCUGUGCCGCUUCACAACUCUGACACUCUGGUUAAAGCUCGUGCUCGGUGUGCAGUGGAGAGAUCGGGAGGACUGUCCUUGACUGGUGACCCGAAGAAAUUCGUGGAAUGUUCUUUACUUCCCUAGUUUUAAGAAAUGGUGAUAGAUGUCAUAUCAUUAAUUUAUUUAAACUCUUCUUAAGCUUCUCUGUUUUAUAUCUAUUCUCAGGGUUAUAACUCCAUGUUUACCAUCAUCUGCAAAAAGGUACCAAAAAAAUCCAUAAAUAAAAAUACAGAACACAUUCUAAAUAUAUAAAUUCUUUUGUUAAAAUGAUACUAUGAUCAUUUAGGCUUCAUCAGUAGAACUAUUCUUAGCUUUUGGACUGAAUUAACUGGUCAGAGACUGGCCGGUCAGCCAGUGACUAAUUUUCCCUUCUGUCCAAAAUGGUUAGACCUUUGUGUGUAGAAAGCAGUAUUUUUGGUUUCAUCUGGAUGUAAAAACAAGAAUUUGGCCUGGUGACUUUGAAGGCAUGGUUGACAAUGGUGGCUUCUCCCGUUCUGAAGUAAAACCAAGGGAUUCUAGUAAGAAUCACUUUUAUGGGUUUUUUUGGUCAUGGUGCUAUUUCUAAGGUUAACUUUGAAUAUGUGACACACACUCCUAAGUACUUUAAGGAAAAUUAAUAAAUAAUUAAUAGUUCAAAAUGUUUACAUUGAGCACUAGAACAUGUUUGACUUUUUUUCUACUUUAUGCGAAUUGCACAGGGAUUUAAUGCACGGAUGUACUUUACUGUGUUUGGGAUCAGUUUGUAUUUUCUUGUGAAAAAAGACAAAAGGUUACAAAUCGAAUGUGAACUGAUCCAGAAGUAAGUGCUAUCUAACUUUCCAUUGCACUUGAAGUAACUUGAUGGCAUGUGUGAGAGCAAACAAGAACGAAACUGCUGUGGUGGAUGUCCGGAGCUCCAUGGUUUUAUGCCUUUCUGGCUGGGAAAAGGUCUGCGGGAUUCAGAUUUGAUUUUUGAUUUUUGAUUCCUUUGAAAGUAUUAAGGGAAAAAAAAGAUGUCAAACACUUAAAAAAUAGCUGAGGUUUAAAAAGCAUUUUUUUUCAUAUCAUACUUAUCUUAAAAGGGAAUACUGACCAUGUGUAGUGACUUCUGAAUAAAAGGGAAAGAGUACCCCAUUUUCAGAUA